AGAGAGGAGCUGUGGCCACUCAGCCCACAGUGAACUCCUUGAUCCUGCCCCCCCUCGGGAACAGCCACCAGGAGCCACCUCGCCAUGAAGCUGCUCGCCGUCCUCCUGCUGGCUGCCCUCCCCCUUUACUGCUCUGCAGACAACCAAAGAGGCAGCUCUCUCGAGGCCUUUAUCCCUGCUUUACGACCUCGUGUGUCAGGACCAAUCCAGCUGUCCCACUUUGGUCCCAGCGACAGUGAAGACAAAUGCGCUGGCUGCCAACUUCUCGAGGACGUUAUUUCAGAGGCCAUUGAUCCUAAAGUAACCCUAGAAGAAUACAAGGCUGCCCUCCAGGAGUUUUUGUACAGUGAUGCAGACAUAAAGGCCGUGGAGCAAUUCAAACAAUGUUUUCUCAACCAGUCCGAUGAAACUCUGGGCAACGUUCAACUGAUGAUGGAAUCAAUAUAUGGCAGUAAAUACUGCAGAGCUUUCUAAGUUUCCUCCAGUCCUUUGGCUCAGAGAACUACUGGAGACGGUGAUAAAGCGACGACCGAUGCUCUUCUGUUCUUUCCUAUUUUCGUUCCUGUACCUGUGACGGCAAGACACUCAUUGAAAUCUUAAAUGCAAUUUCAUUUCAAUAAACUUUCCUGCAAAUAUAAA